AAAAAGAAAGAAAGAAAGAAAAAAGUACGAAAGUAGGAACUCGAAAGGAUUUCGAUUGUCAAUUUGUCGUUGAAUGUUGACAUUGGGUGCUAAUAGUAAUACUAAUAGGCAUUAGCAAAGCCAGGUUUGGUUAGUCGAGUUCAAUGAGGUUGAGAUCAAAUUUGGGGUUUGCUUGCAGAAGCACUUGCAGUUGCAGGCCUCCGUCUCUUGCUCCUAUUAUCAUUUAGCUCGCUUUGUUUGGUUUCGUUUUGAAAACAAAGCUGCCUGCCUGCGUUUACAGAUGAAUGAGAUCGACCCAACUAGACCUAGUUGCUUUUUUUUUUUUCAUUGUUUGUUAUUCAGCGUGUUCCUUCCCCUUCUCGUACACCCAGUUAAUAAUUAUUUGUUCGUGGGUGUCUUUGCAGGUUUCUUAGUUCUGUUGAGAUGGUCUGUAGUAAUUAUAGCUCUGUCCAUGAAUCUCAUUGUUUAAUCCUUAUUAUACAUUUCCCGAAAUGCAAUUAGCGUCAAAUGGUGACAAGGAAGAGUGUUCAGAAUCCGAACCCAUCUUGAAUCAGCAUCUAAAUUUGCAAGAAUAUGGAGGAGGAGGAGGAGAGUCUUCAUUUUCCUGUGAAAUCAUUGCUGCUGCUAACGAUGAUUCACACCCUGUUCCUCUUGAUGAGAGCUGUCAUCUGGUAAAUGCGGAUCAGCCACAGUGCCGGAUAUGCCUUGAUAUAGGAGGAGAAGAUUUGAUCGCUCCUUGCCAUUGCAAAGGCACCCAAAAGUAUGUCCACAGAUCAUGUCUAGAUAAUUGGCGGUCUACAAAGGAGGGCUUUGCUUUUUCUCACUGUACAGAGUGUAGAGCUGUCUUCAUAUUACGUGCAAACGUCCCACCAGAUCGGUGGUGGUUGAGAUUAAAAUUUCAGUUUCUUGUUGCCAGAGAUCAUGCAUUCAUUUUCAUAAUUGUUCAACUGGUUGUUGCUUUCUUGGGGGUGCUUGUGUAUAAAUUUUAUGGAGAUGAACUAAGGGAAAUGUUUGGUUAUGAAGAACAUCCAUAUGGAUUUUAUACAAUGGCUGUUCUAGCCAUUGUUUUGGUGGGAUUGCUCUAUGGAUUCUUCAUAGCCAUAAUAUGUGGUCAAAGAAUCAAUGAACGCCACUACCAUGUUCUUGCAAAACAAGAAUUGACAAAGGAAUAUGUGGUAGAAGAUCGAGAACAUGUGAAGAAUGUGCCUGAACUUGAUCCCAGCCAUGUGACAGAGCUAAGGAUGUUGGGCCUUUACUAAUUGUGGUAAAUGCACGUGCAAUUCUUUCUCCCUGCAGCUUCUGCUCUUCUUUCUCUAUAUUUGAGACUAGCUGAAAUUCCUUCAUACUGUAUGUCUGUAUUAUUAGUAUAUUAAACCAAUAUGGAGUACCUUAGUGUUUGUUAUUCUGUAUCUAAUUUCAUCAUAAAAAAGAUGCUAAAGUCUAUUGUCGAAAUCAUCAUCUGCAUUGAGUACCUGUCAAAUUGUUUACACCUUGGCUGAAUUUUUCGACAUCAUCCAAGAGUAUAAGCUAUGAAUUUAUAUGAUUUGCAUUCCGAUGCUUUUUGACUCUU